UUGAACGAUGCGCUUCCUCUCGUUACAUCGCUUUUUUUUAUUUGUGCAUUUUGACGAAAAUGUUAUCGUACGUGAAUUUUUGUGCUAUGAAAUAUGGAAAAAUUUGGGCGCAGUGACCUGAGACCGGCCUUAUUUUGUAAGAAAGAACUGCAUCUUCAACCUGGACUGAGAUAAGCCGCCAUGACGUCACGGCUGGACCGCCUGUUCGUGCUGCUGGAGGCGGGCGCCGGCUCGGCGACGCGGCGCGCUGCAGCGCGGCAGCUGGGCGAGGUCCAGAAGGCACACCCAGAGGAACUGCACCGCCUACUACAUCGCCUGAUGAAGCAUCUCCGCUCGCCCGCCUGGGAGACACGGGUCGCCGCCUCGCAGGCAGUGGAAGCGAUUCUGACAAACGUUCCGCAAUGGCAUCCCCCUCCCUUCACCGGCAAGAAAGAGGAAAAGUCAGAAUGCGACGGGCGGUUGCGGUGCGAGACGUUCGACAUCGAGAAGGUUCUGCGGCACGGCGCACACCUCAUGGGGUCGGAGGGCCACGAGUACGACCUGGACGAAGAGGCCCUCAAUGCUGCCGAUAUAAACGAGCGUCUAUCGCGACAGCGUCAGCAGUUAAACGCCCGUCUCGGCUUGGAGGUGGCGUCCAGCCUGGGAGUAGACCUGACCAGCUCGCUGUACACCAACGACGACCUCUGCCUCGCUAAGCCAGCGCCCGUCAAGACUGAAGUCAUCAGGAGGCCAGUGCAAGAGCUAGUCCCAUCGUCGUCCAAGCCGCUCAGCUCUCGUGAGAUGAACCUCGCGAAACGCAAAGCGCGGCAAGCGGCGUUCUGCAAACAGAAGUCGCGCGACUGCGAAGAGCCGCCCGCACCACCCACGCCACCGGUGGAGCCUGACAGGAAGAAGAUUAAGCUAGAAAUCGACGAGUUCAGCUUGGAGUCGUCGCUAGCAGUGCCUGACUGCUCCGGAGCGUGGGGCUCGAGCUCCAGUUGGCCUUUAGAGAGCUGGUGCGGCGCGCUGCAAGCAACACUGUUCAGCGCAGCAUGGGAGGCGCGCCACGGCGCCGCGUCAGCGCUGCGGGAACUGCUGCCGCCUAUAGCGGCCUCGGCGGGGCAGACGGCUGGAGACACUCCACAGCAGAUGGAAGACGCCCACCAAGAAUGGCUGGAAGAUAUGGCGCUGAGGUUGCUUUGCGUUUUAGCAUUGGACCGUUUCGGUGACUUCGUGUCAGAUCAGGUGGUCGCUCCCGUGCGAGAAACGUGCGCACAGACACUAGGUGUGGCCCUAGCGCAGAUGCGAGCCCCGCGCGUGCGCGCCGUGGCCGCGUUGCUGUCGACUCUCGCCGCGCAGCAGCAGUGGGAGGCGCGCCAUGGCGCACUACUCGGCUUCAAGUACCUGCUGGCUGCGAGACAGGAAGUGGCCUGUGAAAGCGGUGCCAUAGAGCACCUGAUCGCGGGUCUGAGCGACCCCGCGGAGGACGUUUCGGCUGUGGCCGCGGGCGCGCUGGCGCCGGCGGCCGGGGCCUUAGCGGCGGCGCGCGCCGCGGUGCUGCCCACGGUGGUCAAGAGGCUGUGGCAGUUGCUGCACGAUCAGGAUGACCUCGCUGCGCCCGCCAAUUCCUACAUGGCAUUGCUGGCUUCUCUAAUGGCCAUGCCGCAAGCGGCCAAACUCCUGCACCCCGUCGACUUGGCCGACGUGCUGCCGCGGCUCUGGCCGUAUCUCGACCACUCCACCAGCUCCGUCAGGAAAGCUUCCCUCCAGACACUGAGGACUCUCACCAGACCGCUAGUCACAGAGGUCAAGGCACCAGACACAAAUGGCAACGGCGAGUCCAGCAACGGAGAGGUGAAAACAAUAAACGGUGACCAAUAUCUAAUGUGGACCCCAGAACUGCUACAGGAGGCUAUGAGACACGUUUACCAAAGAAUAUUGUUUGAACACGUCGGCGACAUACAGAUGAUCGCCGUUCAAGUCUGGGAGAACCUCCUGCGGUACGCGCCGUUAGGAGUAGUCCUGGUCGCAGCCUGCCCGCUGCUAGCCACCUGGCUGUGCCUCGCCAUGCAGCCGGCCAGGUUACCCAUUCCACCUAAUCUCUUACUUCAUCCGCCUCCCAAAGAAAAGCGAGCGCCGAUCAAACCGAGCCAGCUAGGAGAGGGCUUACCGCCGGAAGUCAGGCCCAACCAGAAAUGGUUCCUCGGUGGAAGCGAAUCUCAACCUACCUCCGUUCGGGACAAGAAUGUUACCAGAGCGCGCUGCCUCGCCGCAGAAAUACUAGGAUAUUUAUCCUGUUUUCUAGUACAACCCGCCCCCGGUAUAGAGUACAAACCUGAAGACGAGAGCCCCAUAGACUGCUUCGUAAAAGUGUUGCUAGUAUAUUUGAGGUCGUCGAGCGCGCUGCAGCGGCUAGUAUCGGGCCUAGUGGUCUCCGCGUGGGCUCGACGCUCCUUACACCACAACCUCUUUCCCCCUCCGACAUUCGGGGAAAAACGAGACGACAUCACCGACGACCCGAUAAGUCGACUCGCUCCAGCACCACUAACGAUAACUUUACACGCGUCUCUCAACCAAGCGCUAUACUACGACGAAGUAGCUUUAAACUGCAACCGAAUACUUCAAGAAGCUAGAGAUUUGCUAGCCAUGAUGAAGCACUACAAACUACCAGUCGAUGGUGAAGAAUUUAACAAUAUCCUUCGCUUAGAACAAGUUAUUCACAUGACAACUGUCACAGAGCCUAUGGUGGCAUCUCUAAAGUUAAAACGUGUAGUUACAACACUAGAAGAGCGUCGAAAGAAUCUCCAAACCGCCGUGAACCAAUGCGCCGCUGAGCAGACUAUCCUAAACAUUUCCGUGCAAGCAGCUUUGGCGGGAGCUUGUGCUAGCCUGAACUCGUUGCCGGAGAAGUUGAAUCCAGUAGUGCGGCCGUUAAUGGAGAGUAUAAAGAAGGAGAUGUGGGAGGAGCUGCAGGCGCAGUCGGCGGAGUCGCUGGCGGCGCUGGCGGCGCGCCUGGUGCCCCGCGAGCCGAGCCCCAACAACAAGAUACUGCACAACUUGAAAGCGUUUUUGAGAUGUGAUCCUGAGUUCACGCCGCACGUAUCAUUGGCGGAAAACACAGAUGAAAACGGUGACUCUGGCAGUGGAGACAGCGGAGCGGAGGGAAAAGCGGAAAAAGCCUUGCAGGGACCUACCAUGGACGCGUUCGUCGGCAUCCUGACGCUGUGGGAGCAGCAGCGCGGCGCGGCGCAGGCCAGCCCGCGGCGCGGCCGGCCGCCGCAGCACGGCGCGCCCGACGUGCCCCUCCACGUGUUCGCCGAGCGCGAGGACGAGAACCGUAAGAAACUCCGCAUCCAGCGACGAGGAGCGACGCUGGCCUUCACUAGUCUCACGAGGUACUUCGGCGACGACCUGCCGGAGAAGCUACCCAAACUCUGGGAGUUUAUCACCGAACCGCUCGCGAAAGUCAUGACUGAUAGUGAAUUAGAAAGUGUCGACGUAGAAGUCUCCGAAGAGUUAAUAUCCCGCCUGCAAGUAUUCGAAGCAGUUUGCUCCUCGCUAGCGCCACGAGCAUGGGAGGUAGCGUCGCGCGGAGCGGGCGCGUGCGCUCGGCUGGCGCGACACGCUCACACCGCGGUGCGGCACAUGGCGGCGCGAGCGCUGGCCGCUAUGGCGAGGCGAGACCCGCACGGCGUCAUGGCGACUGUCGUCAGAGAUCUCGUGCCAGCUCUGAGUGAUAUGAGCGCCGUCCGCGUCCGCUGCGGAAGCGCCGAGGCCCUGUCCAGAGUUGUCGAAGCGUUGCAACUGCAAGUGGUGCCCUACAUCGCGUUACUCGUCAUACCUUUAUUAGGUCGUAUGAGCGAUCACUGCGAAGCCGUCCGCGUGAUGUCAACCCGCUGCUUCGCGUCGCUAAUACAACUGAUGCCGCUAGAUGGCUCAGCGCCGGAACCAGAAGGCCUGUCUCCAGAACUACGAGCAAGAAGGCUUAGUGACAAACGCUUCUUGGAUCAACUGUUCAAUCCACGGUCUAUUCAAGAUUACAAAGCAGUGCCUGUGGCUGCGGAACUCAGGAGCUAUCAACAGGCUGGAGUGAACUGGCUCCGCUUCCUCAACGAGUACAAACUUCACGGCGUCCUGUGCGACGACAUGGGUCUCGGCAAGACGCUGCAGUCCAUAGUGGUGGUGGCCUCCUCGCACGCCGAGCGCGCCGCGCGCCGAGACCCCGACAUGCCCAGCCUCGUGGUGUGCCCGCCCACGCUCACUGGGCACUGGGUGUUCGAAGUGAACAAGUUCAUCUCGUCCAAGUACCUGAAACCGCUGCAGUACGUGGGCCCGCCCCUGGAACGCGAGCGUCUGCGCACCCACGUGAAAAACUACAACCUGAUCGUGGCUUCCUAUGACAUCGUACGGAAAGACAUAGACUUCUUCAGCGCCAUCAAGUGGAACUACUGCAUCCUGGACGAGGGCCACGUGAUCAAGAACGGCAAGACCAAGGCGUUCAAAGCCAUAAAGCAACUAGUCGCUAAUCAUAGGUUAAUACUCUCCGGAACGCCCAUACAGAACAACGUGCUAGAGCUGUGGUCUCUCUUCGACUUCCUAAUGCCCGGCCUCCUCGGCACCGAGCGGCAGUUCACUGCGCGCUACUCGCGACCUAUUCUCCUCGCGCGCGACGCCAAAGCCACGCCGCUGCAGCUGCAGGCCGGGGCGCUCGCCUGCGAGGCUCUGCACCGACAGGUGCUCCCAUUCCUACUACGUCGCGUAAAAGAAGACGUGCUAAAAGAACUCCCGCCGAAGAUAACGCAAGACUACUACUGCGAGCUGUCGCCCCUUCAGCGGCGCCUGUACGAGCAGUUCAGCAAGCACGUCCCGCCGCAGGUCACGCGCCAGCAGCACGUGUUCCAGUUCCUACACUACCUUCAGAACGUGUGCAACCACCCGAAGUUGGUGCUGACGCCAGACCACCCGGAGUACAGCAAGGUGCAGCAGCAGCUGGCCACGCAGCGCUCCAGCCUCGACGACAUCGAGCACGCGGCCAAGCUGCCGGCUCUCAAGCAACUCCUGCUCGACUGCGGUAUCGGCGUGACGCCAGACGCCGGCGACACCGGCGCCGUGGUCUCUCAGCACCGCGCGCUCGUGUUCUGCCAGCUCAAGAAGAUGCUCGACAUCGUGGAACGAGACCUUCUGCAGAAACACUUACCUUCUGUUACGUAUCUGAGGCUGGAUGGCUCAGUGCCGCCACAGCAGAGACACGCGCUCGUCACAAGGUUCAACAACGACGUGUCUAUAGAUUUGCUGCUGCUGACUACCACGGUGGGCGGCUUGGGUCUGAACCUGACGGGCGCGGACACGGUGAUCUUCGUGGAGCACGACUGGAACCCCAUGAAGGACCUGCAGGCCAUGGACCGCGCGCACCGCAUCGGCCAGCGCCGCGUCGUCAACGUCUACCGCCUCGUCACCCGCGCCACGCUCGAGGAGAAGAUCAUGGGGUUACAAAAGUUCAAGCUGCAAACGGCGAACACGGUGAUCAGCAGCGAGAACGCCGCCCUCGAGACCAUGGGCACCGAGCAGCUGCUCGACCUCUUCCACCCCUCCACUUCCACUUCCACCCCCCACAACCCCACCCCUGGACCAUCGUCGCUAGAGGCCUUACCGGAUUUAUGGGAUGACAGGCAGUAUGAGGAGGAGUAUGACAUGUCUAACUUUAUUAAAGGACUCAACACCUUGAAGGAAUAAAAGUCAAGGGAAACUGGCACCGAAUAGCUGCUGGAUUUCUUCCACCCUGGAGGGGUCUCUACUUCCACCCCCUACAACCCCAUACACCACCACCCUCGGACAUCUCUGAAGGUCUUAUCGGACCUGUGGGACCAUCUCCAGUAUGAGGAGAAGUAUGAUAUGUCCUACUUCAUACAGGAACUUAAUACGUUAAAGGAGUAAGAUUCGAACGCCAUACUGACUGCGAACCUAAACCUAUUCCAACUCAUCACUCCUGCUGUCCCGGACCCUCUCAUUAGGGACUGUCCGACCUGCGGGACUACAGCCACUACAGCCAGUACAGUCACCGGCAUAAAUAAGUGAUAAUUUCUGUACCUUGUCGCUUUUAAUUGUUUGACAAUUUCGUAUGACAUUACAAACAAGACGUUAAUGUGACAAGGUAUAGAAAUCAUUCCAUAUUUAUGCCGGAGACUGUACGAGAAGUAUCACAUGUUAUGUGUACGGCAUUUUUAUGACGAGACUCCACAUGUUAAAGGAGUGACUAUAGAGGCUUACACCAAAUCUUAGACAGUUUUCACUUUACGUAUUGACAAGUUUCUCACUAGAGUUACAGUUUAAGCACGCACUUGGCGUUUAACUUCGAAGGGUCGGUUGCACCAUACCAUCUGUCGCCGUUAUAAAUUAGUUAAAUUCUAUUGGAUGUGAAAUUUCAUAUGGAUAUUUCUCUGCUGCAUGACAAUGAUCUGUCUUUUCAUGGUUAUUUUCAUUACACUUAUAUUGACCUGGAUAUAGACAGUGAUUACCUUUUUGAUUUUUGUCGAGCUCCCGAUAUUUCAACUCGGUUGCAUGUAUCACGAUAACGGAAAACAGUUUCGGUCAAUAUAAGUCUUAUGAUGUGUCUGUUAACUGUGGUUGACGCAACUGGCCCUAAAUGUGUAUUAGGCAUAUAUGUUCAAUAGAAAUACAGUUUAAUAUAAAGUAGCAGUAGUGACGCAACGUCAGCUUUAGCAAGUUGCCUUAGUAAAUGUUGUGAUUAUUCCUAUCCAGAUAAAUUUCACAUAAGGUACAGCAGGGCAAAUCUCGACUGGGGGCUAAAUGUAACUGGUCCAUUUUUUCCAUGUUUUAAAAUGUUUUCAUUAUUAAAUAGUGUCCACCGGUUAUAUAUAGUAGGCGUGUUCAGUGG